UCUACCACUCCCUUAUUGUAGAAAAUGCAAACUCUUUCCUCCUAAUUUCUUUUAGUAUCUUCCAUUAUGGAUCUCAUACCUAAGAUAGUAUGAUCUGUUCGCAAUUAUGCAACUAACAACCUUGCCUUCCCUUUAAUAAUUGCCCUAGAUAUGUAAGUAAGAGCCUACAUUUUAAAGGUGAAAAUGAAUUAAAAAGAAUAGAGCACUCUUACAAGCACAAGUCAAGAAAUGGGGGUAACUGUGCAGUCAGCAGCUUUCUAAGGAUGGAUGAGCAAAGGCAAAGCGGGAAAAUGAAUUGAAAUUUGGAAAACCCGUUUGAAAAAAUACGGGAGAGAAUAGCCGUCCUCUGCCUCGUUGAUCUGGUUUUAGAGAGAUUUUCUUGGCCAUUUUUCUAUGGAGAAAAUAUCAGUUUUGGUUCGUGUAAGGCCACUGGAUAAACAGGAAGUAUCAAAAGGAAGCGCGUGCACAAUUAAAGGAAACACCAUUGUUUUAACUCCUCAAUCAUCCAAGUUUGAUUUCGACAGAGUGUUUGGGGAAGAUUCAAAGACUUCAGAGAUCUAUGAAGCGCAUACGAAAGAAAUUGUAGCUGCAGCUGUUCAAGGGUUUAAUGGGACAGUGUUUGCUUAUGGACAGACUAGUAGUGGAAAAACCCAUACAAUGCGAGGUUCUCCAGCUGAACUUGGCGUCAUUCCUCUUGCUGUCCAGGAUGUUUUUAGGAACAUCAUGGAGGCAGAGGAUAGGGAGUUUCUUCUACGCAUGUCUUACAUGGAAAUCUACAAUGAGGAAAUAAAUGACUUGCUUGCCCCCGAGCAUAGAAAGUUGCAAAUACAUGAGAGUUUGGAGCGUGGAAUCUUUGUAGCUGGAUUGAGGGAGGAAAUUGUUGGUAGUCCAGAGCAGGUUCUUCAACUUAUGGAUUUCGGAGAAUCUCAUCGUCACAUUGGAGAGACCAACAUGAAUGUUUACAGCAGCAGGUCUCAUACUAUUUUUCGUAUGGUGAUUGAAAGCAGGGAUAAGAAUGAAGAUGAUUCUGCGGACACAUCAUGUGAUGCAGUUCGAGUGUCAGUUCUAAAUUUAGUUGAUUUAGCUGGUUCAGAGCGUGUUGCAAAAACUGGUGCUGAAGGUGCACGCUUGAAGGAAGGAUCACACAUAAAUAAGAGUCUGAUGACUCUUGGAACUGUUAUUAACAAGCUGAGUGAAGGUGUGGAAAUCCAGGGAGGACAUGUUCCAUAUCGUGAUAGUAAACUGACUAGAAUUUUGCAGCCUGCGUUGGGUGGUAAUGCAAAGACUGCUAUUAUAUGUAAUAUCACACCUGCAUUGAUUCAUGUUGACGAAACUAAGGGGACGCUUCAGUUUGCAAGCAGGGCAUUACGUGUCACAAACUGUGCUAAAGUCAAUGAGGUCUUAACAGAUGCUGCACUAUUAAAGAGGCAGAAAAAGGAGAUUGAAGAUUUACGUGCCAAGUUGCAGGGAUCUCAUUCAGAGCAUAUGUCAGAAGAAAUAUUGAACCUGCGCAACACAUUGUUGCAGAGUGAGUUGGAGAGGGAGCGCAUUGCUUUAGAGUUACAAGAAGAGAAGAGAGUACAGGCUGAACGUGAACGCCAAUUAAAGGAGCAAGCUCAAAGAAUUGAGAACUUGAGUACAAUUGUUUUAUAUUCGGCCAUGGACGACAGAGAGAAGUGUGCUAAAAAGAAUAACAGACGUGAAACAUGGUGCCCAAAUACUUUAUCAAAUGAUUUUUCACAGGAGGAUCCAACUUGGUCUUCGAAAGAAAAUUUGGGUAAAAUAGUUCCUGGAAAGAGAAAAAGGGAUUUGCCACCUCCUUUUCAGAAGUUAUGUGAAGAGGAGGAAUCAAGUUGCAAUACUUCCUUGAAAGGCCCUGACAGUGCAUCUGGUCAAGUAGUCCUGAAAGAUGACAUGAAUAUCCCAAGUUCAUGGACUGAAUGUGCUCUUCCAGAUGCAAGUUUAUCUGUAAAUGUAACUGAUAGAAAGAAAAAGCCCGCAGUAGAGAGUAUGACAUUAAGUGAGGCAAGAGAUGAGCUUUUAGAACUACAAACAAGAUACCAGGAUUUAGAGUGCAAAUGUGAAAACCAGAGAAAAGUAAAAGAUUCCGAAAUAGAAAAUUUAAAAAAACGGUUAGCUAAAGCUGAAGCUGCUGCAUAUAAGCAACAAAAGGUUGAUAACCUCCAUCUUGGACGCUCUACUGAUGGAAGAGGCAAAAGUUUGAGUGGAUUGGAAUCUGAAUACAUGAAUAAACAGCUCGAGGAUCAGAUCAAAACCUUAGACAAUCAAAUGUUAUACAUGCAGCAAGAUUUAGACAGACAUUUAGAACUAGCCAAAGAAGAGAAAGAAAAUGCAAAAAGGGCUCUAGAAGAGGAAAACCUGAAGCUAGUCAAGGAAACAACAAGGCUUGAAAUGCGGCUAAAAAUAACAAGGGCAAAGCUGGAUGCCUCCCGUGGUAGAUUUGAAGAGCUAGUUAAUGAAAUGGACUUUAUGCAUCAUAAAUUCAAGGAGGCUACAAGAAAUCUCAAGGAACAACUUGUUGCAGCUAGACUUGAAUCAUUUGAAUUGAAAAAGAAGCUUAUGGCUGUGGAGUGAGUAAUGUUGGUAGAAAUAUGAAUAAAUAAAUAUAAUGACUGAUAUAUGUUGUAUAAUAGGGUAACGUAUUCGAUGAACAAUGUUCUCUCUGCCAGAAAAGCAGAGUAUAGAGAGCACGCUCAAUUGUAAAUAUUCAUUUUUUGUAUCCAAAAAGUUUUAAAGGGUUACAUGUUUGAAAAUUCAGUCACAUAUUUACCAGAUUUGACCUGCUAACUUCUUUUAUUUUGAUUUGUACCAUGUAACUGUAUGCAUAGAGUUAAAUAAAAAAAAACAUUUAAUAAU